AGAAGGUUGUGGGUUAGUAAUCUCGAGCCCAAAUCUAAUUGUGGGCUCUUCGUGAAUGUUUCUCGAAUCUUCGACGGGCUUCGCGAGAAUUGGACCUCAUUUGCAAUCUUGGCAUGGCGUUGCUGGCUAGAUUCAACGUCUUCCUCCCGCAGAAUUAACGAGAGGAGGAGGAGCUGAAAUUGAUCCCACUUCCUGUUGCGAUUUGCGAAAGAGGGAACGAUACGGUGGAAGAAUCGAGGGGAACGAAGCGGAGGGGCAGCGACACUCCUCGUCGCCAGGACAAGAGAGGAAGGUACAGCAGCAGCAGCAGAAGCAAUUGUGGUUUCAGUGAUUAUACAGGCCAGAGCGGUAGGAGAGCAGAGGCGGCGGCCGGAGAGAUGGGAGUGGAUUACUACAAGAUCCUCGGGGUGGACAAGGGCGCUAAGGAGGACGAUCUCAAGAAAGCCUAUCGCAAGCUCGCCAUGAAGUGGCACCCCGACAAGAACCCUAAUAACAAGAAGGAAGCGGAAGCAAAGUUCAAACAGAUCUCGGAAGCUUAUGAGGUCCUGAGCGAUCCGCAAAAGCGCGCUGUCUACGACCAGUACGGCGAGGAGGGACUCAAGGGUCAGGUCCCGCCGCCUGGCGCCGGUGGGCCAGGAGGUGCCACCUUUUUCUCCAGCGGUGGAGAUGGACCGACCUCGUUUAGGUUCAACCCCAGGAACGCCGAUGAUAUUUUCGCGGAAUUCUUUGGGUUUUCCAGCCCGUUUGGAGGUGUGAGCAGCGGCGCUGGUAGCGCCAGGGCUGGAUCCAGAUUUCCCGGGCGAAUGGGGAUGCUCAACGAGGACUUCUUCGGAUCUUCCUUUGGUGGGGCCGGAGAGGGUGCAUCGCAACCGCGGAAGGCAGCCCCCAUUGAGAAGAGGCUUCCGUGCAGCCUGGAGGAGUUGUACAAAGGAACCACCAAAAAGAUGAAAAUUUCGAGAGAAAUUCUGGAUGCAAGUGGGAAAUCAAUGACUGCGGAAGAAAUUCUAACAAUUGACGUUAAACCAGGCUGGAAAAAGGGCACAAAAAUAACAUUCCCAGCAAAAGGAAAUGAAUCACCAAAUGUACUUCCUGCAGAUAUCACCUUCAUUAUCGAUGAGAAGCCUCAUCCUCUUUUCAGCAGGGAAGGCAAUGAUCUGAUUGCAACACAAACGAUCUCUUUGGCAGAAGCCCUGACCGGUUACACGGUUCAAUUGGCUACACUUGAUGGUCGAAGCCUUGCUAUUCCCAUAAACAAGGUCAUUCAUCCUGGCUAUGAGGAGGUGGUGCCUGAAGAAGGAAUGCCAGUACCCAAAGAUCCAUCCAAGAAAGGAAAUCUUCACAUCAAAUUUGAUAUCAAGUUCCCGACAAGGCUUACAGCAGACCAGAAGGUUGGGAUCAAGAAGCUAUUAGCUCCAUGAUAAAAAACUGAGGGUUCAAGGAUGAUGCAGCUUCAAGCAUGGCGCCAUGAAUAUUAAGCUGGGAAAAGCUCAAACGUGUUAUAGGUUUUUUGCUCCAUACGGUAAUACAUAAAGAAACCUUCUUUUGUUAUGAUCGUUUAUAUCAUCAAGUCUUGUAAGGAUUUAGAUAAUGCAUUUGCCAUGCGAUUUGCCAGGCCAAUGAGGCCAUAGAAUAAAGCUACAGGAAAAAAAAUCUUUGCAGAGUUUUGUAA